CGCAUGUAAGUGCACUCUUCCCUCAGUAACCAACGCUGCUGGUGAGGCAGAUAGAGUGACGGACGCCUGGACGGAGACGCAGGGAAAGAUGCUGGCGACAAUGUUGACCGCCAUGUACCUGGUCGUGCGAGUUGCGGAGCAGCUGGGUAUGCGAUGGGGACGUCAUGAGCCCUUGCCCUACAUGGUAGCGCAGCCAACGCCCUGGCAGAUCCAUCGUGUGCCUCAAGGUCACCCUGGCAGCCAGGCCGAUCAGGUUGAUGGUGAAGGACGGGACAGUGGAGCUGGAUGCAGAAAGGGCCAAAGCCAGCUGGACAAGGCAGCCACUACCAUCCAGACCCAGUACAGGAAGUACCAGCAGAGGAAACAGAAGAAUAGGAAGUAUUGAUUAACAGCUGGA